CGACGGUGGAGAGUUCCUUGAGAGAGACGCUCUCGUCGUCCAUCGAGCGUCAUCGCUCGAAGAGAUCCGGUGGUGUGGUGUGUGCGCGCGCGCGCGCGCGCUCUCUCUCUCUCUGUCCUCUCCUCGCUCGUUCGCGUUGUGAUCGCCGUACCUGGAAGCGAACGCUGCGCGCUUCCCCGCGCGUCGUCUGCGAGAGGACCCAGCGGAGCGACCGGACGUCGCUGCGCCGUCGAGAGUCCGUUUGCACCGUCGGACACCGGGUUGCCUCCUGAGAGCGUUCUCGCCUCGGAGAAACGGGAAACCGCGAAGAGGCGGCCGGGAGACUGCAAAGCGACCGACGAAGAAGAGAAAGACGUCAUCGUCGCGCUACCAGUGCUGGGGACAAGCGAGAGUACUCUCCCUCUCUCUCUCUCUCUCUCCCCCCCUCUUAGCCCCGAUCCAAGCGUUGAUUGUCGCGAGAGAGCGAGAGAGACCGCAGGGUGAGAGGAUGGAAGCCACGGACGGUCGUGGUGGUCGGCGAGCAACGACGAGGAGGCAUCGUCGCGCGGCCCGUCAUACGUGAGAGCUCGGCGGCGAAGGUAAAGAGCGAGAGAGUAAGAGAGAGAGGGAGAGCAAGAGAGCACGCCCUUGCGUGGCUCUCUCGGAAGAGGGCGGUGGAGGGCGGUUUGCUCUCGUCGCUCGGCUCGGCUCGGUACGGCGGCCCCCCACAUGACGCCCCACUUAGGCCGUUAGGGCAGCAGGCGCACUCGCCGCCACUGGUCACCGGUGGCGGUGACGAAAAGGGGCUGAUGUCAGUGCGACCACUCGGCGGCGUUCGCUCGGUUCGUCAGUUCGGAUGCGCGAUAUCGCACGCAUCGGCGUGCCGCGUACGAGGCGAGCGGGACUCCCGGCGAGGACAACAGCGGGCUCAACUACGGGGAUCGGCAGCGCGGUGAUGCCUGCGGCAGCGGCCGCGUGCAGCAGCGAGUCGCGAUCGGUAGUGGUUGAUCGGCGAGUCGCCGCGCGAUUCACGACGACGAGGAAGAGCAAGUAUUAUCUGACGCGCGCGAUCGUGGCUGCGUCGAUCGCGUCGGUAGGUCGAACCGAGUGGCGCAGCCCGAGAAAUAAUGCGUGUUAGGCACGAGGACGACGACGACGACGUGAAGACGCGCCGAGUACCGAGACGACGACGGCGGUACGACGACGCGAGCAGUAGUAGCGUGCCAUCAUCGGCGACGAGAACGGCGGCGAGCGGCGAGAAGAGGAAGAAGAAGAAGAAGAACAACAACAACAACAACGAGCUUCGACGACCACUGCUGUUACUACCGCAGCAGCUGCAACGGCAGCGCAAUUAUGUACGCGUCGUACGGUACCGAGAUCACAUAGUGAUCCGCUUGUAGUUAUGUUGUUGUCAUCGUCGCGCGGCGCGACCUGUGCAGUAGAUCUUCACAGUGAAAAUCUGGCGUGAGCGGUUCCGCGGUGGAACGGGGAAUAUGGCGUCGGUCUCGGCCGAGACUCCAGCCAGCCAUGGGCACAGCUUCAGUAAGAAGACGUUUCAUAAACCGACGUACUGCCAUUGCUGCUCGGACAUGCUCUGGGGCCUGAUACAGCAGGGGUACAUCUGCGAAGUGUGUAACUUCGUGGUGCACGACCGCUGUCUCAAGGCCGUCGUCUCUCCCUGCUCCAGUAUCGCGGCAAGCCUCAUCAAGAACCCGGUUGCACAUUGUUGGUCCGAACAAGUACAUCGUAAACGGAAAUUCUGCAACGUCUGUCGGAAACGAUUGGAUGACAAUCCAUCCGUACAUUGCGAAAUAUGCGAGUACUUCGUGCACGUAGAAUGCCAAGACUUCGCAGUGGCAGACUGCAAAGAGAACGCUACGUACUUACCUGGAAGGGAUCUAGCAGCGGUGAAGCACACUCAUCAUUGGCGGGAAGGCAACCUUCCGAGCAGCUCCAAAUGCGGAGUGUGCAAGAAGGGUUGCUUUUCUGCCGAGUGCCUGUCCGGAUUCCGAUGCGAAUGGUGCGGCAUGACGCUACACGCGUAUUGUUACAAGAAUAUCCCCCAAGAAUGCACCUUCGGCAACUUGGAACCCAUAUAUUUGCCACCACAUGCAGUUAGUAUUCCGCGCACCGAAGUUCCCAUGGAAGCCAUCAUCGGUGUGCAAGUGCGACGUAAAGAAGUGCUGGCGCGUGAGUAUUCUUGCCAUAACAUCGGAGAGCAAUUCGAUUUCGCUGAGAGUGAACAAAUUGGGGCUGCUAGGCUGUCAGACCGCCUAGCCGAAGCUUUGAGGCGCCUUUCGCUAGUUUUGCCACGUAGCUGCCGUGGAAAUUGUCAUGCUUCCCCUCCCUAUGUUCGAGCGCGGAGCAUAUCAGAAGAGUUCAGUAGCGAUGCGAAGUACCGUGACAACGGGGAGCCGGCGCAGUGUACGCACAGUCGAGAUCCACGUUCUCCUAAGGAGAAAGACGACAAAGAAAGAGGUGACGAAGCAGAGAUGAUCAAGGUGUACGAUGGCGACAACUCUCUGAGGCGACGGAUAUUUCGGGUGAUCUCGGUGCCCAGGCAGGCUACGACAGAGCAGGUUCUCACGUCGGCACUGCGUGCUUUUCACAUUACGAAAGAUCCUAGCAAUUUUUACUUAACCGACCUGUACGCCACCGAGGACAAGGAGCUGUGCGACCCGACGCCUGUCUUAAAUUUAAAUCGCAAAGAAGGCAAACGUCCGGCUGUGUUCUUACGAUUUAAAAAUAACAACAGCGGAGAGGUGCGAGUGUAUCCUGGCAAACUGCAGGUGUCAGAGUUCUUCUGUAUAGUACCUGUCACUGAGAAGACAACGGUCGCCGAUUUAAUAAACGAGGCGCUGGGGAAGUUCGGUUUAGAAGAUUUCAAUUGCGACGAUUACAGGUGCAGCGAGGUUCUGUUGGAUCAUGGUGUGACGGAGAGAGUUUUGUCCCUGGACGAAAAACCCUGGGACAUCGUCAAGCAACUGGGGAAGGAUUCUAUCAGACAAAUGGAGCUGAUGCGGUUUUACUUGCAACUGAGGCAAGAUCCCCACGGACCUAAUCUGGCUUUAUUCGUGGGCAACUUACCACCAGGUCUCACCCAAAUACGCUAUGGGGACAUAUUAAGAGAAAUUUUAGGAAAAGAAAAUAAAUUCGAGCUUGGCCCAAUUUAUUACGAAUACGGUUCGGUGGUUAUCAUAUACAAAGAUUCCGAUCAGGCGGUUAAAGCGUUAUACACGUUGCGGGAAUUGAAAUACGAAGACAAGCAACUUCUAGUAAUGCUUUUACCGAAUAUCGAGCCGAAUAUGGUACCAUCGGGCGUACAACCGUUGCUCGUAUUCGUAAACGUAAAAUCUGGCGGUUGUCAAGGACUUCAACUAAUUUCUAGUUUUCGUAAACUGUUAAAUCCUUAUCAGGUGUUUGAUCUUGACAACGGUGGACCUUUACCCGGACUUUACGUUUUCCGUCACGUACAGGAUUACAAGAUCCUGGUAUGUGGUGGAGAUGGCACUAUAGGUUGGGUGCUACAGUGUUUAGAUAAUGCAGGUCAGGAUAGCGUGUGCUCUUCUCCCGCAUGCGCUAUCGUGCCUCUGGGAACGGGGAACGACCUCGCUCGUGUGCUAUGUUGGGGUUCCGGUUACACGGGAGACGAAGACCCGCUAAAUUUAUUGCGAGACGUUAUCGACGCGGAAGAGGUAAUAUUGGACAGGUGGACCGUGGUUUUUAAUUCGCAAGACCAAGAGGGGAGCAAUCCUCAAGCGAUCACGACUGCAGCAGAAAAACUGGCAUGGUGUCGAUUGCAUACCGCAGGCGCAGGGGGUUCUAGUAGCGAAGACAAUACGCAAAUGUAUGUGAUGAACAAUUAUUUUGGCAUCGGCGUCGACGCGGAUUUAUGUUUGGACUUUCACAACGCGAGGGAAGAAAACCCUAACAAAUUCAAGAGUAGAUUACGGAAUAAAGGCGUGUACGUGACGAUGGGCUUGCGUAAGAUGGUGAAGCGUAAGCCGUGCAAGGAUUUACACAAGGAAAUUCGGUUGGAAGUGGACGGCAAAUUGAUCGAAUUGCCACAGGUGGAAGGGAUAAUUAUUCUGAAUAUUUUAAGUUGGGGCUCUGGUGCUAAUCCCUGGGGACCAGAUACCAAAGAAGAUCAAUUUUGUACGCCAAAUCACUGGGACGGUAUGUUGGAAGUCGUCGGAGUAACGGGAGUUAUGCACCUCGGACAGAUACAGUCGGGUCUACGCACGGCUAUGAGGAUAGCACAGGGCGGACACAUAACCAUUCAGCUGAAUUCGGAUAUACCGGUGCAAGUGGACGGUGAACCGUGGGUGCAGAGUCCGGGGAAGAUCUCUGUCCUGAAGUCCGCACUUAAGGCUACGAUGCUGAAGAAGACUAAGGGUAAAAUGAAGCGGCGUAAUACAGAAUCCAGUAUGCAGUUGGCGCUACAGGCUGCACCGUCGAACGAACCGGACGCGGAGAUCUUCUGAGUGAAUGAACAAAACGUUAUGUGAAAGUGGAUGAGAAUGCGUCGCCGUGACCGCGAGCACGUAGCCACACACAAGACAGAGGACUCGAUCGAUUUAGCACACUGCGGUAAAAAAAAAGUAAAAGAAAAAAAGAGAAUUAUAUACAAUCGGCCUUGAAAUCGUCCGACGGCGCGCGGUGGCGCCGCACGAACUUAAACAUUAAGGCACACACGUACAACGCGAGGGAGAAGAGAAAGUGGAAAAGGAACACAAACCGCUCGAUGAAGAGGCAGGGAGAGGGUGACAAGGUAGAUAAGGUUUUCAAAUCACACGGACACACGUAAUAUACACAGCGUGAAAAAAAAAAUCCACGGUCGACUCGAUGAUUCUUAAUGUUUGUUCUUACAUUAAUAGAAAGGGAAAGAUAGAUCUCAUUUUUAAAUGUUAAUAAUUAUAGCACUGUACGUAGCUCUCUUAUCGAUCAAUAUUUUUUUAGUAAAAUUAUAAUAGAUCUUGACACGGUACACGCGCGCGUACACAUACAUACACACACACAUACAACACUUGCAGAACGCUUUGAACGCGCUUUCCUUUUUUCCCGGCGCAUUUUCGAGACGCAUCCAGCGUCCAAUGAAAGAUUUUCUAUCUUAUGAGUAUCACUCAAGCACAAAUUCUCCCAUCGGACCGUCGGCUGCGUUCUGAAGUGCGUCGUAGGGAACGUGUUCCGAGUCGUUCUUCAAGUGAAUACGCACACAAACACGCAACAUAUUAAGCAGUAUUGAAGGAAGCUACGCACUUACGCGUGCUCACGACGACGUUGAUUUGUAUACAUAUAUAUUUACGUUCCAAGCUUGAUGGUUGAAAUGACGGGGGAAGGAAGUCGUGAUGUAUAUUUACGUUUCGUAUGGUAUUUUGCAGUCUACACACACACACACACACACACACACACACAGAGUUUUUCACGAUACGUGAAACGUGAAACUCCGGACGAAUAUAUAAAGAAAAAAAGAAAAAAACAAGAAGAGACGCAAAUAAGUUGUUAAUAAUAUAUUAUAGAGUAUUUAUGAUUAAAUAUUAAUAUAUUUACAUAAUAUUGUAUUAGUACACACUACGACUUUAAGUUGUGACAAUUGUUGUGUAUGUCUGGCUGCUGGGCAGUCUGGAAUUCGUUAAGAAACCAGUGGCAGUCAGAGUUUCCUAGGAUACGAUUAAUAAGGAGGUAAAUUAAUGUAUCUUUUUCAUAAGACGAUAAGAUCGCAACGUGAAUUAACGAACGCUUUGCCGAUCCGUCUCCGCGGCGGAGAAAGAAAGAGAGAGAGAGAGAGAAUGUACAAAUGACGAAUACACAGUGCGCGCGCGAACGUUAAGCGUGUCCGAGUCGGAUUGGCAUCGCGACUGACCUCGGAGCUCUGACAGUCUCCCAUGACGACAAAGUUUGGCAGUGCCAUCGGCAACAUACAUUCCACUAUUAACGUGACGAAGAAGCGUGAAUCACAGAAAUAUGUACACUUUACGAACUAUGUCAAAAGAAAAAGGAGGAGGAUACGAGGUUGUAACGCGCGUAACGUAAAACGCGUUAAUACGUACUUAAGAGGAAAAAAGGAAGAAGGAAAACACAGAGGAAAAAAAAGAGGGGGAGGUCGUCGGGACGUGUGUCGUUGACGUGGGUCGAGUGACGUACGGGGGGAAGGGGGGGGCAGGACCACGCGAAUCGGAAGCAAUAUACUAUUGUUUGCGAGCUUCCAAGGUUCUCACGUCUUUGGUACACUGAAUGAAUACACAUACACGCGCAUAUACGCACGUACAUACGUAUACACACACACACACAACACACACAUAUACAUAUGUGCUACCAGAAUACAUCGAGUGUCACCCGCUGAUCCUCGAAGCACGCGACGCAAACAAAUACUUAAGCUCCGAUGUCGCUCUCUCACACGUGCAGCAGGGCUUACGUUCAUAUUGGACUUUCCUUCGCUGGUAUCGCGUGAAAGAAAAGUAAAACCAAAAAAAAAAAGAGGAGGGGAAGAGGAAUAAAAUAGAGAAAAAAAGAACUUCGGUGCCAAAUACAAUUGUACAUAAUACAUUAUAAAAGUGUAGGGGCUCUCUUAUAUAAGACGGUUUGCCAGUUAAAUCGCGACGGCAUUUAAUGCGACAACGUCGACGGACGAAGGAGAGCGAGCGAGAGCGAGAGAGAGAGAAAGUGAGGGAGAGAGUGAGCGAUGUGUGAUGCGACGCGUGAGGAGGGUACUUUCUAGUUCGCGGGGAAAGGACCCUUUUGAAUUUUCACGCACACACGUUAUAUUCGUAUCGUGUGAACGUGAACCCAAAAAAAAAA